GCACGGCACUGCUCGGCUGGGCAGGGUACGGCUCGUCACGGCAGGGCACGUCUCUGCCCGGUUCGGCAGGGCACGGCUCGGCACGGCAGCUGCUGGCCGGCAUGAAGGCGGCCGUGCUCCUCCUGCUGUGGCCGCUGGCCCUGGCAGGUGAGCGGAGGGACCGCGCCCCGCCGCCCGGCCGGCGGCCCCGAGCGGCGUCGGGGCGCUUCUGGCACGUCACGGACCUGCACUGGGACCCCGAGUACGAGGCGGCGGCGGCGGCCGGGCGGGGCUGCCCCUCGGGCGGCGCGCAGGCCGGGCCGGGCGCUGGGCCGUGGGGCAGCUACCUGUGCGACGCGCCCUGGCGCCUGCUCAACUCCUCCGUCUUCGCCAUGCGCGGCCUCCUGCGGCGGCCGGACUUCGUGCUGUGGACCGGAGAUGAUACUCCUCAUGUCCCCAACGAGAGUCUUGGAGAAGAAAAGGUUCUGCACAUAAUUGAAAAUCUGACCUCUCUGAUAAAACAGGUAUUUCCAGAUACUAAAGUCUAUGCGGCUAUGGGCAAUCAUGACUUCCACCCCAAGAAUCAGUUUCCAGGAAAGGGGCACAGGAUCUACAACCAAACAGCUGAAAUGUGGCGUCCCUGGUUGAAUGAAGCUUCUGUUCCUCGGUUCAGAGCAGGAGCCUUCUACAGUGAGAAGCUGCCCAGCCCAAAUACAAGGGGGCGAAUGAUUGUUCUCAAUACCAAUCUGUACUAUGAUCAGAAUAGUGAGACAGCUGGCAAGGAAGAUCCUGGAGGGCAGUUCCAGUGGCUGGAAGAAACGCUGACCAAUGCCUCUAAAGCAGAAGAAAUGGUCUACAUUGUGGGGCACGUCCCUCCUGGUUUCUUCGAGAAGAAACGAGGCAAGCCCUGGUUCCGGAGUGAUUUUAAUAAACGAUAUUUGAAAAUUGUGCAGAAGCACCACAGAGUGAUUGCUGCCCAGUUUUUUGGACACCAUCACACAGACAGCUUUCGGAUGUUUUACAGUGAUACAGGUUCUCCAAUCAAUGUCAUGUUCUUGGCCCCUGGAGUGACUCCCUGGAAAACAACAUUACCUGGAGUGAACAAUGGAGCCAACAACCCUGGCAUCCGGGUGAUUGACUAUGAUCCCAACACACUUCAAGUGCAGGAUGUGGUGACUUACUACUUGAACUUAACACAUGCCAACAUGAUGGGCCCAAUAUGGGAGGAAGAGUAUAGGCUGACGAAAGCCUUCCAAAUCCCAGAUGGCUCUGCACACUCCAUGCAGACAGUGCUGGAGAGGAUAUCAACGGAUGCAAAGUACCUACAGCAAUAUUAUGAAUUUAAUUCUGUCAAAUAUGACCUCGACCUGUGUGGGGAGGACUGCCGUGUUGACCAUGUUUGUGCCAUCAGGGAAAUUGAUUUUAUAAGAUAUGAUGAGUGUGUUAAAGCCAACAGCUCUACUACUGCCAUCACCAGUGUUUGCCUUUUAUUACUCUGCUUGCUUUUAGGGGCUCUUCAGCCCCCAGCAAGCAGUCUCAUGACUUAGAUCAAGAAUGAAUGAGGAGAGGACAGUUUCACAGUGAAUUAGCAAUUGUGAAUGCUUUUGGAAUUGAGAACUUAUUUGGAAACUAAGAAAAAAUCAGCGUCUUUUAGUAAAAGUUCUAUGAUGUUGAUUAGACUACUUCUAGAAAGGCUCAAUGAAUCAGUGAUUGCUAUUUGCCUUUUUGUAACAGA